AUGAUUUCCAAGAUUUUGCUUGCUGCUCUCUGCCUUAUCGCUGUGCUGUGCGUAGUUGAGGCACAGUGGGGAGGUUAUUAUGGUGGUUACGGUGGCGGGUACGGAAGAGGCUACGGCUAUGGAUACCGACCCUUCUACCGACGAUCGUUCUAUGGCCCAGGUUAUGGAGGCGGUUACGGAGGCUAUGGCGGCUAUGGUCGCGGUUACUAUGGAUAA